GGCAUGGCAACAUUGUGCUGCUCAUGGCGCCUGCCAUUCUACCGUACGUGAAGACGUGAAGUAAGGAAAACUGGCGCCGUGUUUGCCGACAGCGCGCAGUGUUUAGUUGCCACGCAAUGAUCGCUUCAGACAAGCGGAGAAGUCCGAUAACUGAUUGACGCCCAUAUUUUUGUGACCUGUUCGCGAUCUCAAGGACAAAGUCAAGUUUCCUCCGUUCUCCGUGUUGGUUCAGGAAGUCCAUACCGAGAAUGACGUCUCGUGAACACUGUUGGAGGAUAACGAAGGUGGCAGGGACGACAAGGUGGCGUUGAGGCGGAUGCGCUGUGACACACCGCCUAGGAUGGAGGACGUCAAUGACCACGACAGCAGUGACGAUGAUGCACCGGCUGACAUGGAUGACAUUGAAAUUGUGGAAGUGUACGACGAAGUCGCCAGUGACCUCAGUGAUGAGGGAGAAGAUGCUGGCCUGCAGGGUGAAGAGCCACCGCUCGAUAACGCCGCAGUCUCCUUCACUGCCCACCAGGGGUCGGCCUUUGUGUGCGCUGUGUCGGGUGACAGUCAGUACAUUGUGACGGGGGGCGAAGAUGACCGUGGCUGUGUCUGGCAUCUGGACACAGGCGAACUGGUGUUUGAGUGUGCCGGUCAUGCUGACUCGGUGACGUGUGCCGCCUUCAACCACGACUCGACACUAGUGGCCACAGCUGACAUGGGCGGUGCAGUGCGCGUCUGGUCUGUCGAGAGCCACCAGCAGCAGUGGGACUUUGAUGUUGGCACAGACCUCAACUGGAUUGAUUGGCACCACCAGGCGAACAUUCUGCUUGCCGGAACAGUGGAUGGCACGGUCUGGAUGUGGCAGGUUCCCAGUGGCCAAUGCAAGAGCCUGGUGGGCCCAGGUGCUUCCUGUGGGGCAGGGCACUUCCUGUCAGAUGGGCGGCGGGCGGCGGUAGGCUAUGAUGAUGGCUCGGUGCGUGUCUGGGACCUGAAAGGGGCAGUGGUGGUGCACACCCUGGUGGGACCCAGCCAGGCACAUCCAGGGGGCCCUGUCACGUGCCUGGACACGGCCGGUGACCUGGUGGCAUCGGCCGCUACGGAUGUGCGGCUUCUGCAUGCCAGCUCUGGGAGGCUGCUAGCUGCCCUCGCACUCACCACUGCUGCCGGUGACGAGGCUUCCACAGUGGAGGCUGUUUGUAUUGAUGGAGCACAGCGUACUCUGGCGGCUGGCUUGCUCUCUGGCCGGCUCUCGCUUUGGGACCUGGGUUCACAGGCCGAGCGCCAGAGCUGCAUCCACCCAGCAGGUGUGACGCGGGCCCUCUGGCAUGGACCGCACACAGUUGUCACAGGAUGUCUAGAUGGUGUCGUGCGCAGCUGGGACAUCCGUGCCCCGCAGGAACCAGCUCUGUGCUGGAGGGCACACCACCACGACAUUUUAGACCUAGCGCUGUCACCAGACAAGCAGUGCGUGGUGAGCGUGUCUGACGGUGGCAUCUGCACCGUGCACAAGUUUGCCUUGCCGGACUGAUUGCAUUCCCCUUGUGAUAAGCUUGGUGCGUUUUGCUUCGCAUUGAGUUUCCUGUAAAAAAGAGUGAGACUUUACUGUGCUGCCGUGUUUUUAUACAAGAUAGAUGCAGUAAAAGUUUCUUUCUGCUAA